AUGGCCAAAAUCAAGAAGAAGGGUACUCACGGCCAAGCCAAAAACUACAUCACUCGUACCCAAGCCGUGCGAAAGCUUCAGAUCUCUUUGCCCGAUUUCCGUCGCCUAUGCAUCUUCAAGGGAAUCUACCCUCGUGAGCCCCGUAACAAGAAGAAGGCCUCCAAGACGUCGACUCCGAACACAACCUUCUACUACACCAAGGACAUUCAGUAUCUGCUCCAUGAGCCCUUGCUCGCCAAGUUCCGUGAACAAAAGGCCCUUGCCAAGAAGAUUGCUCGAUCCCUCGGUCGUGGCGAAGUCAGCGAUGCCGCUCGCCUUGAGAAGAACCACGCUCCUAAACUCACUCUCGAUCAUGUCAUUAAAGAGCGCUACCCGACUUUCAUUGACGCCCUGCGCGACCUCGACGAUGCUCUGUCGUUGCUUUUCCUCUUUGCGACUCUCCCUUCAUCCGAUCAUGUGCCCCACAAGACAAUCGCGCUUUGCCAACGUCUCUGCCACGAGUUCCAGCACUACCUGAUCAUGACCAAUUCGCUGCGCAAGUCUUUCCUGUCGAUCAAGGGUAUUUACUACCAAGCAACCAUCCAGGGCCAGGAUAUUAUGUGGCUUGUUCCAUACCGAUUUGUUCAGCGGGUCAAUGGUGAUGUCGACUACAGAAUUAUGGCUACAUUCGUCGACUUCUACACAACUUUGCUUGGGUUUGUUAACUUCCGCCUCUACUCGUCAAUUGGCUUGAGAUAUCCUCCCAAGUUUGACACUCGCAGCGAUGAGAAUGGUGCUGAGCUGGCGGCGUUCACUUUGGAAAGCCGCAAUGCGACCGAGGGCAUGAAGGCCAUUGGUUCUAGCAAGUCCAAAGCCAUUGAGAACUCGAAGACGGAAGUGUCCAAGGAUGUUCAGGCUAAGGUUGACAAGGUCAUCAAGUCUGCUGGUUUAGACCAGGCUGAGGACGAGCCAAUGGCAGACAAGAACGACGAGGAGUCUACCGACGCAAUUGAUCGUUUCGAGCCUGCUGCUCCCGAGGCCGAUACCCUCCCUCAACCUGACAUGAGCGGAAAUGAGGCUGGCGCUCUUUUCGCCCCCUUCACAUUCUAUAUCUCUCGAGAGGCUCCCAAAGCCCCGCUCGAGUUCAUUCUCCGCUCUUUUGGCUGCAAGCGCGUUGGCUGGGAUGCCGUCAUGGGUGAUGGCGCUUUCACGCACGACGAGACGGACCCUCGCAUUACUCACCAAAUUGUCGAUCGUCCCCAACUACCUGAGGGAUCUCUUCCUGCGGUUCCCGCCGUGGCUGAGGGUUCCACACCCAAGGUCAAGCCCGGCACUCGUAUUCCGGGACGUACAUACGUUCAGCCACAAUGGGUCUGGGAUUGCAUAAAUGAAGGAAAGCUGCUUCGUGCCGAUCUCUAUGGGCCUGGUACCACCCUUCCACCCCACUUGAGUCCCUGGGUCAAGGCUUCUCGCGGUGGUUAUGACCCCCGUGCUAGCCUGGCCGAGCAGGAAGCAGAGGGUGAGGCUGAGAUCGCCGAGGAGGAAGAGGAGGAGGAGGAGGAUGCCGAUGAUAGCGACGAGGAGAUGGCAGACGAGUCCGUCUCCAAGAAGGCCGCUGUCGCCGAGGACUCCGAGGAGGAAUCUGUCGAUGGUGGUAUGGACGUUGCCGGUACCGAUGAUGACGAGAGCGAGAGCGACGAGGAAGAGGAAGAAGAAGAGUUCCCCGGCGUUGAUGAGGCCGCGUCUGAAUCCGACGAUGAUGACGAGGCUGCCCGCAACCAGCACCAGCGCGAGCUGGAAGCUGAAGCGGCCGGUCUGCCUUUCUCUGCUGGGGCCACCGAAGAAUCUUCCAAGAAGAAGUCUACCAAGUCCAAGAAGCUGGCCGCCAAGAAGCGCCAGGAGGACGAAGAGCUCGAGCGACAGAAGAUGAUGAUGAGCCGCAAGAAGCGCAAGUUGUUGGAGAAGAUGAUGUACUCUAACAAGAAGACCUCAGACGAGGCCGCUAAGCUUCGCUCCAAGCGUCGCAAGCUUGAGAAGGGCGACAAGGCGGCUAAGAAGUAG